AUUCAAACAAUUGAGGCUGUGUUCUUCUUGCUUGCUCAGUUCAGCAAUGAUGAGAAGAAAAGCUCCACGAAGUCUAACUCUGAAGGUUCUGGUGGAAGAAGAGAAAAAUCGAGUUGUUUUUGCCGAGUCCGAUAACGAUUUCAUUGAUGCUCUCUUCAGCUUCAUGACUAUGCCUAUUGGAACCAUUAUUAGACUCGCCCGUGAACAAGCAUUGAAAGUGGAGAUUGGUUGCCUUAACACCUUAUACGAAAGUAUCGAGAAACUUGGCGAUAAGCAUCUGCAAAGUGUGAAAUGCAAGGACCAGCUACUAUAUCCUCGGAGUGCUGCUGAAAUCUACUGCAGAAACCUUAAACUGAACUUUGUUAAUAGUACUAGUGAUGAGUACUAUGCUUGCGAGGACGGAUGCACUUUGAGUCAUUACAGAAGUGCUUGUUGCCAUUGUGGAAAAAUCAUAGAUCAUGUGGUGAAAUUGGGAAUUCCUCUCUUGGGUCCUAGAUUUGGAGGGGGUUUUGUGAAACCCAGCUCACAGUUUUAUGAUAACUGAUGACUUUCAAGUACUGCCAAUGUCCACUAUGACUUGUUUAACGUUGCUUAAAGAGAUUGGGGCCGUAGAUGAAAGUACAAUAAAAGAGAAGUGCAUAAACAUAGGGAAGGAUGAGGUACUGAAGUUGCUCGUGUGUUCAUUAACAUCUAUGUCACCUUUUUCUGAGACCGUCUUGGAAUCACCUGUCAAUAAAACCAGUACUUUUGCAUUUCGCCGUGUAGAAUUGAGUCCAAGAAGCACAACUGAAUCUCAAAGGGGCAUGGACACGACAAGAUCGAAAGAAGCAAGGAUAUCUUUGAAGCUUAUCAUCAACAAAUGUAACAACAUGGCAUUGUAUGCUGAAGCAGAGAAAGAUUUUGUUGAUCUCAUCUGCAGUUUUCUCACAUUUCCACUUGGUUAUUUCUUUCAUAAAUUUCCAUCUUUGUCCUUGAAUGGAUGUUUGGGUAACUUAUACAAGAGCAUAAAAGAUCUUGACGUUGACAAGUACUUAGAAUCUGAGGAGAUGAAGGCAACUUUAGUUGAUCCAAAGCUGGCCCCUGGAAUAGCUCACAGUAAGCAGUUCGUUCUCAUCAAGGAAGCUUUACACCCGUCAUGGUCAACUGUUGAAUCCCUUUAUACAACAAAUUGGGAAAAGAGUUCAAAAUCAUUGGUAGAUACAAUUGGCGAGGGAUUCAUGAAAGAACCGUCCAUGUUCAUGGUGACAGACAAUUUGACCAUAACACCUUUAUCUCCGAUCUCGGGCUUGUCUCUUAUCAACAAAUUGAAUAUACCCAUGAGUGAAAUUGUAGAACGAGAAGUAACCAUUUGUGAGGAGGAGGCUUUGUGUCUAUUAGAGGCUGCUUUGGUAUCAAGUUGUGCUCUGACUGAUGCUUUCAUACUAAAGGAGCCAAAGCAAGAACCACAAGUCCUGGCACAGCUAGCAUACCCCUAGCAGUGGGUUUAUCAAAUGCAAUGAGGAUGCUUCGUCGCCUGGUCGGGAGGGAGAGGAAAUGUUUUCUGCUGCAUCUGCCGAAGCUGUCUGCCUAUCUCUCCGCGUGCUAGAUUUUAAUGUCGAUUUCUGGUUUUGAUCGGGGCUUUGCAGAGCGUUUUACCUCUUCCUCUAUUGGUGAGGUGCUUAGACAUGACAAUGAGGUUGCUCAUGCAAUGACCAAGUUAUGAAAGACUCAUAUUAUGAGUGGUGUUGUUCUUUGAUUCUAUUCCUUUAUGAUAUUGUAAUCCGGCCUAACUGAGCGUGAUUGUAACAUUUCUUUCAUAUUUGUGUUUAACCAUUAUUUUGCUGUUGUCGCACCUAUAUGCUCUUUGUGCUAGUGGUUUUUGAGCUUUGAUAAAUAAAAAUAAUUAAUAAAUAAAAAAUAAAAAUUCUACUUAAUUAUUUCUUGCAGCUUGAGUUCAGCAAUUUCCGAAGAAUAUAGUGGUCAUAAAAUAAGAGGAAUUUGAAGAGGGUGGGCCAAUAAAAGUAGGCCCAAAAACAACAGAAAACCAAACACUGCCUCAACAACAACAUAGAAGUCUUCUUGGCAAUUAUAGCAAACACCUCUUUUGUUUUUAUAACAACUUCACAUUUUGAAACCAUGUAACAUUCAC